AUGAGGAGGCAGGACAUUGCGGCUAACCCGGUUCCGGGCUCGGUGGAGACUGGCCCGUCUGGUCCCGAGGACGAGGAGUACCGCAUGGAGAUGGAGGAGAAGAUCAUCAACGAUGAGUACAAGAUCUGGAAGAAGAACACGCCGUUCCUGUACGACUGCUGCCUGACGACAGCGCUCGAGUGGCCGUCGCUGACGGCGCAGUGGUUCCCGGAUAAGGCCGUUGCGUCGGGUGCGGAUCAUUCGACACAGCGGCUGCUGAUGGGAACGCACACGUACGGCGGAGCGCCCAACUACCUGCUCAUUGCCGAAGUCGCGCUGCCGACUGACUCUGCCGAGGUGGAGGCGUCCAAGUACGAAGAGGGCGGCGAGGUCGGCGGGUUUGGGGCCGGACAGGCGCGAGUCUCGAUUGUGCACCGGAUCAACCACGACGGCGAGGUGAACCGGGCGCGGUACAUGCCGCAGAACGCGUUCCUGGUGGCGACCAAGACGACGGCUGGCGAGGUGCACAUCUUUGACACGACCAAGCACCCGUCGACGCCGGACCCGUCGGGAGUGUCUGUGCCGGAGCUGCGGUUGACGGGCCACCAGAAGGAGGGCUACGGGCUGUCGUGGAACACCUUUUACCAGGGCCACCUCAUCUCGGGUGCGUACGAUUCGCUCAUUUGCCUAUGGGACCUCGAGGGCGCGCUCGAGUCGUCGAACAUGCUCCAGCCGACGCGGACGUACUCGGGCCACACGUCGGUGGUGGAGGACGUGGCGUGGCACACCUCGCACGAGUGUGUGUUUGGCUCUGUCGGCGACGACAAGAAGCUCAACCUGUGGGACACGCGCGAGGCCGAGACGUCCAAGCCGUUCCAAUCGAUCCAGGCACACGACGCCGAGGUCAACGCCAUUGCCUUCAACCCGUUCUCGGCCUUUAUCCUCGCCACCGGCUCGGCUGACAAGACCGUCGCGCUGUGGGACAUGCGCAACCUCUCGCAGAAGCUGCACUCGCUCGAGGCGCACACCGACGAGGUCAUCUCGGCCUCGUUCUCGCCGCACAAUGAGACCAUCCUUGCCACCUCGUCGGCCGACCGUCGCUCGCUUGUCUGGGACCUCUCGCGCAUCGGCCAGGAGCAGACGGCCGAGGACGCCGAGGACGGCCCGCCCGAGCUGCUCUUUGUCCACGGCGGGCACACCGCCAAAAUCUCCGACUUUUCGUGGAACCUUAACGAGCCGUGGCUCGCGGCCUCGGUCGCCGAGGACAACGUGCUGCAGGUCUGGUCCAUGGCCGAGAACAUUUACAACGACGUCGAGCCCGCUGACGUGCCGCCCGAGAGCCUCGAGUAAACUCCUCGGCUAGUCCAUGGUAAAGCUGACGAUGACCAG